AUGACAACAUUGAUCAUUAACAACAACUUUGGACAUAAUCCUGUCAAUAAUACCUUGGUGACGUCGACCAUCGUCACCAAGGCCACCCCCUCCGUCCUGGCCAGCUCAGCUGGCUUCCUCAACAUCGCCAGUGAGCUUGCCGCCUCUGCCGGUGCCUCGUCCUUUGAGCCAUUCAUCCAGUUGUCGACUGCCAUCGUCGCCCCAUCCGCUUCGGAAACCGUAACCUUUGCCGUCAAACAUAAGUCCACCACAAAGGGUGGCGUCCCACUGUCGACCGACAGCAGCAAGUGCGCCGUCAGGGAGGUAUUCAACGCAGAGGAUGACGCCUGUGUGCAGGCGCUGCAACUCUACACGCUGAGCUUCUUGUCGCCGUAUGAGCCCUCCGAGAGACAGAUCGCCAAGUUGGUCAGAUCGCACUUCUAUCGCAUCAUUGUGAUGGAGGAUCAGAACAACUUGGUUGUCGCCUGCGCCUUUGUGAUCGAGCAGCACCACUCCAACACCUACCAUAUCGACUACCUCUGUGUCCGUCCGGGCAUGCGUGGUGCCGGCUAUGGUGGCAAGUUCUUCCAGUACUUGAUGGAGUUCUUCCGUGCCGAGCGUCGCUAUCCAAUGGUCACACUCGAGAGUGAGACCAAGAUGGUGUCAUGGUACCUGAAGCAAAAGGUGUUGCAUCUGCAUGUGCAGAGUGACCACGUCGAGCAGGACGGCGAGACUCUGCGCUGGUGGUUGUUGAUGUUCCCGCUUGGUGAUGUGCUCCAGCUGGACGAUGACGACGUACCCAACCGUCUCUACAUCACCAACGACAGAGACAUCACCGAAGUUACUCCUGCCAAGCUGGCUGCCAUUGUCAAGGCUCUCAAGACAAUGCUCAAUCAGUUGCAAGAAGUCCCAACUACCUCUGACCAAGAAGACGACGAUGUCAUGGAGUUUACCGACCUUUAA